CUAUGCGCGUUUCUUCUCAAAGGUACACAGAAUACCCACUGCAGCAUUUCCAAUGUCAAAUGUGUAUAAUCUUGAACCGCAACCGACAGCGAAAGUCGUCUUGCAAACGACAUCUGGCGAUAUCACGAUUGAACUAUUUGCGAAACAGACACCGCUAGCCUCGCGGAAUUUCCUCCAGCAUUGCCUUGACGGCUAUUACAACAAUACGAUAUUUCACCGCUUAGUACCUGGCUUCAUAUUACAAGGAGGAGAUCCUACCGGGAGCGGAUCUGGAGGCAUCAGUGCCUUGAACGGUGGCGACAACUUUCAAGAUGAGUUCCACAGUCGCCUCAAGUACAACCGGCGCGGCCUCCUGGGCAUGGCCAAUGAAGGCAAGGAUAGCAAUGCGAGUCAAUUCUUCUUCACUCUGGCGGCCACUCCAGAAUUACAAGGCCGCAAUACUCUUUUCGGUCGAGUCGAAGGCGACACAAUAUACAACCUCAUGAGAAUGGCCGAUGCAGAACUAGUCGAAGGAGAAGGAAGCGAAAGACCACUCUAUCCGACCAAGAUCACAGGAGCCGAGAUCAUAGUGAAUCCGUUCGAAGACAUGGUGGCGCGUGCGCAAAUCGCGCCUCGAGCGACAGCAGAUGAUGGCCAGAAAAAGAAGGACUUGAAGAAGAGGAAGAAACCGGCAGGGAAAAACGUACUGAGCUUUGGAGGUGACGAUGGGGACGACUCGCUUGCUCCAGUCGUCAAGAAAGCCAAGGUCAAUCCGAAAUUCGCGGCGAGCGUUGACGAUGGACCAUCAGACAAGAUCAUAAAGCCAGUCGUGCACAGAGAACAGACAAAAGACACAACCAGCCUCCCUAAGCGGAAUGAAACUGUAAAUGCUGCAGAAGCUGUGCGCGACACCGAGACUCCGGAUCGGGUAGCGAACCGAGAAACGCUAGGUGCGCAGCAGCCUGUGAGUGCUGCUAAGCCAGACAUGGAAAUGGACGACGAAGACGAGGAUGAAAGAGGUGAAAGAGAAAGCAAGCGAGCACGCGCAGCUGCUCUCGCGCUUGAGAAGACAAAGGCAGAAUUCGACGCUCUCAAAAAAUCCAUGAAACGCUCGAAUGAAGUUCAAGCUCCGUCCAAGGAGAAACCCAGAUCCGCCCUAGAAGCCAUGAUCCCAGAGACGAGUACUCGGGGACGAAAACGUGGCGGAAAAGGCGGAAAUGAUGAGCAGGGAGCAUUAGAUCUGUUCAAAGCAUUCAAAGAACGCUUGGAAGGUCUACCUGCUAUUGAAGACAUUCGAAUUGACCAUAGCGACAAGUCUCAAGCUUCCAAGGAGGACAUAGCUGGCACGCAGGAUGGCGGAAUGAAAAAGUCUGGAGUCGCCACGGAAAUCAAUGACGACGAGGAAGCCAUUCUUUGCGACCUGCACUUCAUCCCGAAUUGCCAAUCAUGUAAAUCGUGGGAUACCGGCGAUGAUGUCGCAGACGGCGACAAAGACGAGCAAGGCACAGACUGGAUGGCACACAAAUUGUCAUUCGCCAAGGACACCCUCGGCAAGGAUCUAGAAUGGAAACGGAAAAUGCAGGAGAUCGAAGUCAUCGACCCGCGCGAGAAGACCCGUGAGAUCCUCGGCGAGCGGAAGAAGGGCAAAGAGAAGAGCAGGGCAAGGUAGGCUGGAACAUGAAAUUGACGUGACCUUGAAUGCCUCAUAGACCUUGUGUAAUAAGUACCCCCGUCACCCCAACGAGGGGGCGUGUGUCUAAGAAAAGGAACGACGUGGUGCGCCUCCUCGAGUUUCGCACGAGGCCUCGCUAGUAACGCUGGUAUGGGUUAUGUAUAGCCUGCGUGUUUCUGGGUAAGUUUACUAGACUCUGAAAUGAUCUGCGGAACGAGAUCGGGACCAUGUCAAUCUGAAAAUCCCAUUGGCUUUGUAUUGGUUACAGGGCUUGGGCAGAAGUCUCCAUACAAUACAGAUGCACAAAGAGAUCGAGCAUUCAUUUGAUUUGUACUAGCUAUAUGCGCGUCAACAUCGUUCCGAAUCAAACAUCUUCCGG